AUGAUGACUAAGACUGUAAUUUUAUCGGCUUUCCUGGUGAUCUCUGUCUAUUCUCAAGCCGAUGGAUCCGUAAGUGGCACCAUCUUGCACCCAUGGGGUGGAAAUCUGGGUCGAAUGGGUGGAGGAUACACCUAUUCGGCUCCGACAUAUUCAUAUGGCCCGAGAUACGAUUAUUAUGGAUACUCCGGAUACUCGGGUUACCCUUAUUCGGGAUACUCUGGAUACUCGUCUCCUUCCAGUUACAGCCCUUCCUCAUAUUAUAGCUCAAGUUAUGGACCAAGUAAGUACAUUUUAAAGAUUUCUUGUUUGUAUCACAAAGAAAAAUUGGUAGGCAAAGAGAUUUUAAUGCAAAGUUCUCUUCAAUUUGUGGAUUUUUUCCAUUAAUGUAGCCGAUUUUAAUUAAUUUUAAACAAGGCCAAUCAAAGGUCUAGAAAUCAUUUUAUGAUAUAAUUUGCAGGCCGUUACAACUACAACUACAACUACCGCAACGGCUACUACUACUACUACAGAAAAUAA